AUGUCAAGACAAUGUCUUUUUAAAACUGUCAGAAUCCGAGCCUGAUAGUGUCAUUGAAAUGACUAGGCGCCACGGACGGACAGAAAUAAGAAAAAUUUAACCAUUUUGGAUUUUUGAUCAAGACUGGAUGGUCAGUUGUAAUUCACGGAUUUGAUUCAAAAUUAUCCAAUAUAGCACCAUUUAUGAUGUGGAAGCUUAACAGCCAAAUUUAGGAAUAAGGACUUGGAGACUCCUCGCGUGAGCCCCUAAACGACAUCUUAAAUAGCAGCUUAAACCACACCUUAAAUCUGGAAUCUUGAAUAUUGUAUCCUAUCGGCUAUCUCUCAUCGCUUUUCUUCCUGCUGGAUGAAAUUGUACAAUAACCUUCUUCACCGCCAAAGUCAACUGCCCUGCUGCAUCUGAUAUUGCUUGCAACCCGUAAUACUGCAUGCUGCUAGUCCACAGCCUACUACAACUGCUUCAAACAAUUGAGCCCCGCUUGAGUUACCGCUCAGAGGGUUGAACGUCAUCUCAUAAGGGAUACCACCAGGUGAAGGCUGGAAAACUACAGGUGGGUUGAGCC